AUGUCGUUGGCUUUGAGAAAGACUUUGGGCGUCGCUCGCUUUUCCAUGAGAACCGCCAGCUUCCAGGCUGUUCCAACCAACGCCGGAAAGACCCCACCAACCCUCGAACAAUUCGAUCCACUGAACCCAGGAGAGUGGCAACUCGGAGCCGGAGGAAAGAUCCUUCCACGUCUGCCAGAGGGAACCAAAUGCGGAAACCUUGUCAUGGGAAAGUACGGACUCUACGAUCCAAUCCUCAAGAAAAGAGUUGAUACCUACGCCAAUGCUCUUCUCGAAGGAAAGAAGUCCGAAGAGGCUGGACCAUUCGAUGUCGCUGUCAGCAAGAUCGCCAAGGUCCUUUCCUACAUCUGCUUUGUCAUCGCCAUCUACAACCUCAUCUCGUUGGUCAACGGAACUCCACUUCCACCACUUAGCCACGUCAAGGCUCCAGGAUCCUAA